ACGAUGGAUCGGAGGGUGUGGUUGUGCGUUGCCUUGGCGACCGGCGUCCUUUGCCUCAGCCUGGCCCCCCUUUGUCGAGCCGAGCACCACCACGAAGAAGAUAUGGACAUGGAGGACGACAUGGAUAUGGACGUGGACAUGGUGAGAUCAGAUGACGAGCUGGACGAUCACCUGCACGAAGACGACGAGGCGCCUCCCAAAGCUCCACCCGCUCCCAAAGUGACCUACAAGGCUCCAGAGCCCAAGGGAGAACACUUCUUUGCCGAAGCCUUCCACCGGGGAACACUGGACAGUUGGGUGCUGUCCUCUGCCAAGAAGGAGGACACCGAUGAAGAUAUUGCCAAGUAUGAUGGCAAGUGGGAGGUGGAGGAGAUGAAGGACAGCAAGUUGCCUGGCGAUAAAGGUCUGGUCCUCAAGUCUCGAGCCAAACAUCACGCCAUUUCUGCACAGCUUCUACGACCUUUCAUCUUUGACAACGACCCUCUCAUUGUUCAGUACGAGGUCAACUUCCAGUCCGGUAUCGACUGUGGCGGUGCUUACGUCAAGUUGCUGACUCAGACGUCCGACCUGGACCUGGACCAAUUUGUGGACAAAACGCCGUACACCAUCAUGUUCGGACCGGACAAAUGUGGCGAGGACUACAAGCUGCACUUCAUCUUCCGACACAAGAACCCCAUCACGGGAGAGUAUGAGGAGAAGCACGCCAAGAAGCCUGACGCAGACCUGCGCACGUACUACACGGACAAGAAGACACACCUGUACACACUGGUGGUGAACCCAGACAACAGCUUUGAGGUGCUGGUGGACCAGACGGUGGUAAACAGCGGCAACAUGCUGACCGACAUGAGCCCCCCCGUCAACCCUCUGGCGGAGAUCGAAGACCCCGACGACCACAAACCUGAGGACUGGGACGAGAGGCCCAAGAUCCAGGACCCAGACGCCGUCAAACCCGAAGACUGGGAUGAAGACGCUCCCGCUCAGAUCGCCGACGACACUGCCGUCAAACCCGAAGGCUGGUUGGACGACGAGCCGGAGUACAUCGGAGACCCCGAUGCCGUCAAACCUGGAGACUGGGACGAGGACAUGGACGGCGAGUGGGAGGCGCCUCAGAUCCCUAACCCCGCCUGCGAGGCGGCGCCCGGCUGCGGGGCCUGGAAGAGGCCGAUGAUGGACAACCCUGACUACAAGGGCAAGUGGAAGGCCCCCAUGAUUGACAAUCCCAGCUACCAGGGCAUCUGGAAGCCCAGGAAGAUUCCCAACCCCGACUUCUUCGAGGACCUGCACCCGUUCAGGAUGAGCCCGUUCAGCGCCGUCGGACUGGAGCUGUGGUCCAUGACCUCCGACAUCUUCUUUGACAACUUCUUCAUCACCAACGACCGCAACGUGGCCGAGCGCUGGGCCGCCGACGGCUGGGGCCUGAAGAGGGCAGCAGAGGGCGCUGCUGAGCCGGGUUUGGUCGCUCAAAUGCUGAACGCUGCAGAGGAACGUCCCUGGCUUUGGGUCGUCUACGUCCUGACUGUCGCCUUGCCGCUCGUCCUCAUCGUCGUCUUCUGCUGCACCGGCAAGAAGAAGAGUGAGGCCACGCCAGCCGCCGAGUACAAGAAAACCGAUCAACCUCAGCCGGACAUUGUGGAGGAAGAAGAGGCCGAGGAAGACAAGACCAGCCCAGAAGGCGACGAGGGCAGCGGCAGCGAGGAGAAUCCUGCAGAGGGAGAGGAAGUAGAAGCUGAGAAGGAGGGGGAGGAGGAGGAUGAUGUGGAAGAGGAGCAGGCGACGGGUGACGAGAAGUUGGAGGACGACGUUCUGCGAAGAUCUCCCAGGAACAGGAAGGUCAGAAAGGACUGAGGACUCUAAAACAGCCCUGACCGUGACGACCGCCACGCCCCUCCCUCCUAACAUUCCCACCCCUCGCCCCACCUCUCGCCCCCUCCCCUGCGGUCGGAGGCCAGGCGGCCUAAAGAGUAGGACGUGGACGGGCAAGAUUCCAGACCUCCAUUAAGGAUGACCGACGAUUCCAGUAACCCAGUUAGCGUCACUAAAAGAUUUAGUUUUGAUCCCGCGUUCAGCUAAAACUUCCGCGUCAUUCCCUGGCGACAGCUGAGCAGACCACCCCGGCCCAGCAGCCCCUCCCAUGAGCAACCUGACUGGGCUAAUCCGAGGAGCUGAUGAAUAAUAUUAUUAAAUACGUGCAAUUACCACCUCGCAGGUAAACUUGGAUUUGACCCCAACAGCCCCUUUGGCGAGAUUCGAACCCAAGUAGACCCCAACUCUUCAAAGUUCCAUCAAUUGGCGUUCAGUGAUUAACGAGUCAGGAGCGUUGGCGAAGGGGUGACGUCACAACUUGCCGAGCCUCGUUUUUCCAUCUAGUCCCCUUUCAUCAGGCGGGGGUCGACUCUAGCGCUGGCGCCAAGGAAGAAGUGUUAGUAAACUUAUUUGGAUUUCAAAGGCGUUUAAAAGGUGAAAGGUCAGGGGAGUUCUGCACUGACAGGCUGCUGGUGGAACAGGAAGUGAGCGUUGGGAGGUGUUUCCAUGUGAGGGAUCAUGUUUGAGGGGUUUCUCCAUCCCGCAGAAUCUUCCAUUCAACCCCUUUUUUUUUGUCUUGUUUUUUCCCCCCUUUUUGUAAGCUAGUUAGCUAGAUGAUUUGCCUUGGCGGUGGUACUCGAGUCUGCUUUCUUUUACGGUUGUAGAACAAAAGCGACGCCGGUCUUCUCGUGUCCCCCAUGAAGCAAGCUGCCUACUAACAGACUGAACACAGCAUCGGCUCCACUCUGUAGCUCUGCUGCUUGCUCCCCUUCUUCUUUUAUAAACCUACCUUUUCUUAUGUUUCGAGAUUGCUCCGCCUUUUCCUGCUGAGAUGCCGCCGGGAGGUCCGACUUUGCCUAGAAAUACUGUGACACCAGCUGACGUGUGCACUCAGCAUUGUUUUGAUGAAUAAAAAGGCCAAAUGGAACCGGAA